AUGGCCUCAUCGGAAGCUCUUGAGAGCUUACGGAGCUCAACUCGAGCUUCUGCCACUCAUCAUCAGAAUCAACAAGAUGUUUUUGAUCAGCCUACUCACCGUCGCAUGUCUAGCUACUAUCUGCUCUGGGAGACCAGCCGCGAGCACCUUGAUGUCGAUCUUGGCUAUAGUGUCUACCAAGGCGUCAAUAACGCAACUUCACAGCUCAACAAUUGGAGAGGUGUCCGCUUCGCUGCUCCGCCGACUGGGCAGCUCCGAUGGCAGCUACCACAAGCUCCAACAUCCAACCGAAGCUCACCCAUCGAUGCUAGUCAGUACGCACCGACGUGCUACCAGAGUGGAAACUCAGCUGGUGGUGCUAUCAGACCUGGUAAUCAGUCUCUGGCUGCCGAAGACUGCUUAUUCCUGAAUGUAUGGUCUCCAGCUGCUGCGUCAGAGCCUUUGCCAGUAUUCGUCUGGAUACAUGGGGGCGGCUAUGGGGCCGGCAGCGGUCGCCAGGAUAUGACACCCUUCAUCAAUGCCAACAAUAACUCCCUGGUCGCGGUCACUAUUCAAUAUCGGCUUGGCGCUUUUGGUUUCUUGAGCUCUGAUGAGGUCAACAGAAAUGGCAUACCCAAUGCUGGACUCUACGAUCAGACAUUUGCUUUAGAAUGGGUGCAGUCAUACAUUCACCUCUUCGGUGGAGAUCCGACGCGCGUGACCAUCGGCGGCGAGUCCGCUGGCGGUGGCUCAGUCAUGUUGCAAGAUAUGGCUUACGGUGGUACGCUCGGCAACAAACUCUUCACCAACACUUUUUCUGCCUCGCCCUAUCUGCCUAUGCAAUACGGCUAUGCGGAUUGGGUGCCAAGUCAAGCAUAUUACGCUUUCGCCACUGCAGUCGGGUGCGCGCCAAACGAUCCAUACAAUGGCCACGGACAGACUAUUUUCCAGUGUCUUACCAGUGCGGACAGCGCACUCCUGGCCAAUGCAUCAGCAACCGUCUCACAAGAAGGAGUUUAUGGUACAUGGGGCUUCCUUCCUGUCACCGACGGGCGGCUCGUUCAAGAUCUUCCUAGCAGACAGCUCCUGGAGAAGAAAGUGAACGGUCAGAACGCGCUUGUGGGCAAUAAUGCCAAUGAAGGCCCUGCGUUCGUUGCGCAAAACAUCACAACCGAGGAAGACCUAGUAGCAUUCCUCCGCUACACGUUCCCUCUCUUCAGCGAUAGUGACAUCCAGCGUGUGCUGUUGUACUAUCCCAGCAGCAAUGAUAGCGACUCCGAAUCUGAUCCCGUCUUCGCGACUGAAGGCGAAUCCGGGCCUACAGCUGUCAACCAGUCAAGCGUGGCCACUGGCCAACAGCAGCGUGCAGACAACAUAUAUGCCGAGACGACCUUCGUAUGUCCCAGUUAUUGGCAGGCUGAAGCUUAUUCGGACCCAGCUCGCAACAAAUCUGGUUACAAGUACCAAUUCUCGGUUCCUCCUGCAACUCAUGGCGCGGACGUGGCUGCGUACUUCAGCCCGCCUGGUGGGGUCAUUGGUGCAGACUUAUCCCAGGCAUUCAAGCAGAUACUGGGCAACUUCGUGAUACAGAACAAUCCGUCGAUUCCGGCAGCCGUAGCAAAUGGUGCAAAUGCGACUAUAAGCACAAAUGCGGUCAGCAGCUGGCCACCAUUCAGCAUCGCACAGCCAUAUCAGAUUGAUCUCAACCAGACUGGAGGUAGCCCCAUCAACGUUCCUGUGCCAGGUAAUCGCAAUAUCACGGUCAACAGUGGCAUGUCGGCACAGAACAAUAUCACGCUAGUCAAUGCGUAUACCUGGGAAGGGGGAAGAGGACAGAGAUGCGAUUUCUGGAGGAGCGUUGGCGCUAUUGUGCCUGAGUAA